AUCCUGAGAAGCAUCGCGUUUGAAGCUUCAUCAGAGUCUCGGAGGCUUCAAGGCCGUCAGCCGCCACCGGUCAGCCGACAAGACCGCCCUUGUCCGUCUCGACAACCACCUGUCUCCAGGCAGCUUUUCGGCGCUGGUAAGGCGCCUUCUCACUGCUCCCUCGGCGGGCUACGCACUCCUUUGUCGUCAGGUCGGCGCCAUGCCUUUCUCUCCGCGUCUAAGGGACCAUAUCUCUUCGCCGCUCGAAGCCGGCCCUUCCAUUGCCGACGGUCACCACCUCCCCAGCCAAGUCGGUGAAGCGCUCGAGUAUGCCUCCAAGCGGCUAGGGAGGAAGGCGGCGCACAUCACCCUCCUAGUUGUGCGCAGGGAUUACCAGCUGCCAACCUCGCCAAUUGCCUCCCCCUCGUGUGUCGCCGGGUCCCCUCCUGUCUCGGCUGCCAGCACGCCGUCGAGGCCUGCCUUUCCUCCCACUCCGUCGAGGCUACAAGGCUUGAAGCAGCUCGUCCGACCCGGUCAGUCUGGAGAAGGGCAGAUACGCGAGAGGAUAGUCCAUGUCCACCUGGAACAGUUCCGCAAUGGCACGGCAUCGCCGGCCUUCAGCGAGGCUUCGACGGCGUCGUCGGUGUCGACUGCAAAUUCGACCUUCAGUUACCGGAUGCGAUGGCCGGGGAGCCCCGCCGCGUACGGAAGCGUUCCUGUGACACCGGCCACCCCGUUCACGGUCAUGUCGUCGUUAUCGGGUACGGACGGGACCAGUGCAGUAUCACAACUUGGACGGCGGGACUCGACGCCAUUCGGGAUGAGGCUUAUUUACGCCCAUCCCUUGAGUCCGCGCGAAGAGAAGCAUCUCUCCCAAGCGCUAGCCAAGGCUGCCAGGAAAUUCAACCUUGACGGUCGCUGGCUCUCCCAAGCCGUAUCUCCCUCUGUCCUCGGUCUCCCCGUCGAUUUGGUGGUUAAGUCAACCGCCCAAAACGAGGUUCUCUUCUCGUCAGAGCACCUGACGCUGGUGUCUCUCGAUCACUUAUACACUUUCCGCGCAGCGCUGCAGGCCUAUGCCCGCACACAUGCACCUUCUCGACUCGAAGACGCCGUCGACGAGCUGCGCCGGCUGUUUCUCGCUGGCGGUCGACGCCCACUGCGCAAGAGUGCGCUUCUGGCCGCUUACCGCUGGCUUGGCCCUGUGGACGAAUCAGCCCUGGCUGACGUCUGCCGCAUGUACGAGAGGGCGUACGGGGGCGUCGAGAAGGAGAGCGGAGUGGAGGAUGACGUUGGGCCCGUGUCAGAGCGGCCACUUGCGGAAGGCUCCCCGGUCUCCGGAACCAUGGACCGGUCGUUGAAAAGGAUGGGAUUGCUGCCGCUAGGGGGCGCAAGGGUCGAAGGUUCCACUCUACCGCGCCGGGAACGCGAAUCGUGCGCCGAGUUCCCGGCUUCGGAUUCGAUUGAUGCCCUUGACAAGGAGAUCCUGCUCCCCGGGGCGGACAUCGGCUUAGAUGAAGAGCCUGACCUCGACGCAAUCGAAGCCUGGUAUCGCGAGGUCCAAGACAACGCAUCAGCCUUUGCGGAACAGCCCUCACGCUCGCACUCGGCCUCAACAGCACACACUGUCACUGUUGCCGAGAUGCUGCCUCCUUCGCCGUCAAGGACACCUCCUCCGGCGCCAACAUCACCGACCCCGCCAAGCGACCCCUGGCCACAGCCGGACGCACUUGAGCGCGAGCUGAGCGAGAUGCGUCGCACAACCCCGAAACUCCACCCGGCUCCCCCUGGGAGGUCUCUCAGGCUCAAGCUUCAGACAAGCUUCGCCGGCAAGUCCGUCGAAGGCGGACAGAAACACCCAGCAGCAACGGAGCAGCAGAAUCGCGCAGCGGAACAGACCCGCGGUAGGCGCGAUGAUCAUAAUGAGGAUGAACUCACCGCGCGGCCACAUAGCGCAGUCAUCUCGUUUGCCAACGUGCGCUGGACGGCGUGUAACAGCAACAGCAACAAUGGUGUUUCCAUUGACGAGCUUCUGCAUGGCGGCGGCGGUGGUCAGCCUCCUCCCGACGACGACGAUGUUGAUCAGGCGCCGCAGCGGGAGAUGGAGGACAGGAUCGGCCCGAUGACGCCGAACGGGUACGACGAUAUCUCGCCCAUUACGAGAGGCGAGUGGGGGUUACUCAUGUUUGGGAAGGGCAAGACGGCCAAGGUUGAGACGUGUUGAUGCGAUACAAACUCAUCCGCUGUUUCCUGCCAAGGUAGCCAAGCAUCACCAAAA